GUACAUAAGGGUAGAACCGGUAGAACAAAGUAAAUGUGUGACAUAUUGAUCACAUUGUCACUAAGUGCGGUUGAGAAAAGAGCUGGGCUUUCCCCGAAUUAAUUCGAUCAAUUGAUUGCAAUUUCUUUUGCUGCAGAUUCACAUUUUUGACAGAUGGGGUCUUCGGGGGAACAUUUCUACUAUCACUAUACGAGCACUGCUGGAGCAAAUGCUAUACGCAACGAAGGGCGUCUAUGGUCUCAGAGUGGAGUACAAUUGUCUACUCUAAAUCCAGAGGAGCAUACACGUGAUGCCAUUUUGCGUACAAUUUAUGGAAAUGGAAUUCCAAGCGAACGUAAAAACGGAGCUGAUAACGUUGUGUACAUCUCCGAAGCUGAUCUGGACUCGUCUAAGAUGUUCAAAAUAACACCCACCCUGUAUCAGUAUUCAGGUGAAAUCCAGGUGGACGCUCAAAAUGUCAAAGAUAAGCCGCGAUGUGUUAAUGGUCCGAGUAGUUCUGGGUCGAGUAGCUCAAUUGCACAAAGCUCUUCCGAACUAUUCUUCUAUACAAACACCAGCAACGCUCAGCGGAUCAUGAAUUUGAGAGUAAUUCCGUACGAAAGUAAUCGUAGUCUCUUCCUUACCACAAUGAAACCGGAACAGUACUUUCGUGAUGAAAUUCUCAAUACAAUUUAUGGAAGAGGCUACGACCGCUUGCAGUUUGCUGCAUGCGCAGACUGGUGUGUCAAGAUCGAUAAAACAAAAUUGGAAGGUGCUAAGCUGCGAGUAUCGAAGCAAAGUGGUAAAGUCUACGAAUACACAGUUCACAUAGCCGUUAAUCCCGCCGAUGUGAUGGAUAAACCACAAUGCACGAAGAAUCAAAGAAACAGCGGUGAUGCACACGAAUAUUUGUAUCAUUACACAAGCUUCGUCGGUGCCCAAGCAAUUGUAGCGUCUGGUUAUCUAAAAAAGAGCGGCGCAUCCGGUGCAUUUGGUGCUGGGGUCUAUAUGACAAAAUUGAAACCGACGGAUUUCUUUCGUGACGACAUUUUGAAGAACAAUUACGGCGGAAUAAACGCCGCAUUCAAAGGUCGCGCUGACUGGGUUGUGAGAAUCAAGAAGAGUGGUUUGAUCGGCUCUAAAUUGAAAACGGUUCCGUCCAACGUUACCCAAGAUGACCAAAGACAAAUUUUGGUUUAUGAAGACAUUGUAAAUGUACAGCGUUCCGAUGUAUUCGCCAAGCCGAAAUGUUAUAGAGCAUAAAAUGAAGUUGUAGCGGUCGAUGUUUACAUUCCAAUAAACAACUUUGCAGAAGAA